UUAAAAAGCUAUCUACUCCACUCCUCUGUUUCUCUAAAAAUGCCACUCUCUUAAAUUCUCGGGAAACAGACGGAAAAACACUUUCUUUACUGAUAAAAAUUGCUUCCUUUGAUUUCUGAAAGAUGGUUUCUCUCGAAGAAUCGCUUUCUCAUUCACAUCUGGGUUCCAAUCGCUUCCCUUUGACCCGAAACUAUUAUGGACCUGCAAGCUCUACUACCAAAAUUCAUCGGAAUAUUGGCCGGUCCAUGCGUACGAUUCGCUCUUGUCUAUACCAGGACGACCACAGCUGCUCCUUCACAAGCUCUGUCCGGGAGAAAUCGGCAUGGGUGUCGGAGAACCUGACCGAUUCGGUUAUCGACAUGAGACUUGGGGAGCUCGCCACUCGGAACAACGAGCCAGUGAAGUCGGCGGAGGAGGAAGAGGAAUUUUUGGACAUUUCUCAAGCCUUCAGUGACUUUUCAGCUUGUAGCAGUGAUAUUUCGGGUGAGUUGAGGCGACUCGCGAGCGUGCCCUCGCCGGAAAGCGUUGUAAGCGGGUCAAGUAAUGAUGUUGAGUCGGAUUUGGAGCCGUGCACAGGGUUUCUGCAGAGAGAGAAUUUCUCGACUGAAAUAAUUGAGAGCAUUUCGCCGGAAGAUCUCCAACCGACGGUGAAGAUCUGCGUGGACGGACUCCAGUCACCUUCUGUGGCUAUAAAGCGCUCCGCUGCGGCCAAGCUGAGACUUUUAGCGAAGAACCGGUCUGAUAACCGCGCUUUGAUAGGUGAAUCCGGUGCGAUUCCUGCUCUGAUUCCGCUCCUCCGGUGCAGCGAUCCGUGGACGCAAGAGCACGCAGUCACCGCUCUAUUGAACCUCUCGCUCCACGAAGUGAACAAGAAGCUAAUCACCGACGCCGGAGCCGUAAAGUCUUUGGUUUAUGUACUCAAAACCGGAACAGAAACCUCGAAGCAGAACGCAGCUUGUGCCCUGCUUAGUCUCGCUCUGGUGGAAGAGAACAAGAGUUCAAUCGGUAUCUGCGGAGCAAUACCUCCAUUAGUGUCCCUUCUUCUGAACGGAUCAAGCAGAGGGAAGAAAGACGCCCUGACUACGCUCUACAAAUUGUGCUCGAUCAAGCCUAAUAAGGAGAGAGCAGUGAUUGCAGGGGCCGUGAAGCCUCUGGUUGGUCUUGUAGCAGAGCAAGGGACAGGAAUGUCGGAGAAGGCCAUGGUGGUGCUGAGCAGUCUGGCAGCGAUUGAGGAGGGUAAAGAGGCAAUUGUAGAGGAAGGAGGGAUUCCGGCGCUUGUUGAGGCCAUCGAAGACGGUUCUGUGAAGGGGAAGGAGUUUGCUCUGUUAACUCUGUUGCAAUUAUGUGCUGAUAAUGUUAGAAAUCGAGGGUUGCUGGUAAGGGAAGGUGGGAUCCCUCCUCUUGUUGCUCUGUCGCAGACUGGAAGUGCCAAAGCCGAGCAUAAGGCGGAAAAGCUUCUUGGGUAUCUGAGAGAGCCAAGGCAAGAGGGAUGCUCAUCCAGCCCGUAGAGAUAUAGUAAACGGUAACUAUAUACAUUGUUAGUAAUUUUGUUGUUGAUGUAUAUAGGGAGUGCCUUGUUGAUUUUGUAUAGUGUGGUGUUUAGUAAUUUGGGGAGAAAUUUAGUGUAGUAUUUGAAUAGAUUAGGAGAGGCUGUUGAUCAGAAGACUGACUUGAUAGAUGUAUGAUUCUUCUGUUAGGUUUUUUGGGGUUCUCUCUGUGUGGUGGAAUUGCUAGUUGUUUGGCUGUGGGAUUCUUCUGGGUUUGAUGAAAUUUGGGUUAUAUUCCUUAUGUUUUGUUUAGGUGACACAAAUUAUGUCCAAAAAUAUUGACUUGAUUGUAUGUUUAAAGUUAAUGAAGAUGGAGAUUGAUGCCUACUACUCAAAA